CAGAUAAUUAAUGACCACACAUGAACAAAGAUGUUAUGUGAGGAAAUCGUGACUGUUAAUUAGAAGCCCGCAAAUUCAAAUUUAAACGUUGUGCAUGAACAGCGCUAAGAAGUUAAUAACCUAAAUUUCUUACAAACUGGGAAAAUCCUUCGCAACAAACUCCCCCGAAGCUUUCAGAGAUGAAGGUAUUGGCAAUAUUUUUAAUAUUGACAUUCUUUGGCUACUUGGAAGCUGCAGAAACUGACAAAAUGAUCAAUUGCUACUACCAUGUACGCUCUUUCAAACGUUUUGGUGUUGGCAAAUUUGUGCCUGAAAACAUAGAUCCCUUUAGCUGCACUCACAUAAGUUUCGCUUUUUUUGGCAUCAACGAAACGGGACUAUUUAAGGAUCCCAACAAGGAGAUUAAUCUUGAGCAUGAUUUCAUUCGGCGUACCAUUCAUUUGAAAUUUAAAAAUCCCAAACUGAAGAUCUAUGCCGUACUAGGUGGUGAGAAAGAAAAAGGGCAAACCUUUUCGGAAAUGGCGGCCAGUUUUGAACUACGUCAAAAAUUCAUAGAUUCCACAGCAACCUUCUUGCAGCGUCAUGCUUUCGAUGGUUUGGACUUUAGAUGGCUAUAUCCAGGUUUUAAUGGUGCUCUGGCUGAUAGAUAUAAUUAUGCGGCGCUGGUUAAACAAUUUAAGGAAACUUUUGAUCUCUUGAAAUUGGAUUUCGGCAUAACGGUAAGUGGUAAUGCCAGCUAUGCUGAAAAAUGGUAUGAUGUACCCCUACUUGUAAAAUAUGUUGAUUUCAUCAACGUCAUUUCCUACAACUUUACCAACGGCGAUUUGGCAGUCUAUGAUUCUCCUCUCUAUGGCGAGGGUGAGGCCAAUGCUAAUGCCAGCAUUUCUUUUUGGUUAGAAAGUGGUGCUCCUGCCUCUCUACUAAACAUGGGCAUAUCCUUAGUUGGGCACGCAUUUUUGGUUGAAGACAAGUAUAAAGGCAAGCCCAACUCACCGAGUUUCGGAAUGUAUUGGACGGGUAGAAUUACCUAUAAAUACAACUACUGGGGAUACGUUGAUGCCUGUCAAUUCGCAAGUGAAAUGAGCAACCAAGCUCAGUUUGUAUUUGACACCAGUUUGGGUGCCAGCUAUAUGCUAGUUUCCAAGAAAAUUUGGAUGAGCUAUCAUACACCCCGCACCAUUGAAAUGAAAAUAGACUAUGUGCUCGAAAGGGGUCUAAAGGGCAUUAUGGUGUGGUCCCUGGAAUACGAUGACUUCCUUGGCAGAUGUGGUGAAAAAUUCCAUUUGGUGCAGUUUGCCAGCAGAAAAUUGGACAAACGCUAUCAGUGUUCUUCAGGAAGAUGUUGUCGAAUCUCCCAACAGUUAAUGGCUAUGUGUUAUAGAGAAUAUGUGCACGAUGAUGGCACCACUAUUGUGUAAAAAGUUCAUUUUGUUGCCAAAAAAUAAAAUAUUCGUAUAACAAUUUUAUUUAUAAUAAAAAUUGUU